AUGGCUUACACCAAUUUCACUGAAUUCUACCUGCUUGGAUUUCCAGGACUCCAACCACAGUAUUAUGGAGCUGUAGGAACCUUUUUGUUAUUUGUUUACUUGCUACUGGCAGGAGGAAAUAUCUUUAUUAUUUCGUUAAUUGCUUCUGGGAGAUGUCUUCAGAAACCCACUUAUUUAAUCUUCUGUAACCUUGCUGUGUCUGAUCUUGCUUUUGGAACUGUCACGUUGCCUAAAACUAUUGCAAAAUACCUGUUCAAUAGCAGCUCUAUAUCAUUUUAUAGUUGCUUUUUGCAGAUGUUUUUUGUUCAUUACUUAGGGAGUAUUAAUUCUUUCCUAAUGUUAUUAAUGGCCAUUGAUCGAUUUGUUGCAGUAUGCAACCCACUAAGAUACUAUGCUCUUAUUACAAACAAGACUAUUUUUAUGGCAAGUGCAGUGAUUUGGACAAUAGUAAUAUCUUGGCUGUCAGUUAUUGUUUACAAUGCCUUCGAUGAGCCCUUCUGUGCUAAUGUAAUAACCCAAAAUUACUGUGACCAAAAUUCAAUAAUGAAAUUAUCUUGUAGAGAUGUAAGGCAGAAAAAUACUUUUUCAUUUUCAUGUGCCAUGUUUGUUCUCUUGGGCCCUUUGAUUUGUAUUAUGCUCUCUUUUAUUGCCAUCAUUACAUCUGUUUUCAAACUCUCUGACAUACAGGCCCGGUAUAAGACAUUCUCAACUUGCACUCCCCAGCUUCUUAUCAUUUGCCUGUACUAUGUCCCAAGAUGUGUUGUCUAUGUGUACGACGUUACAGUUGCAAUCACUCCUGGCAUUCGGAUUAUGUUGAUUAUGUGGUACAGUCUGCUCCCCCCUGUUGUCAAUCCAAUGAUAUACUGCUUCAGAACAAAGGACUUCAAAGAUGAAUUAAGGAAGAAAUGCAGGGAUAAAAAGUUGGCAUGCAGAUGA